AUGCCACGCAAGUUGACUGGACAUGAUUUUAUCAGAAAAGUACAUGAGAAUAUCUAUGUGAGUGAUUGUUACAGUAUCCGGCAAACUGACACCUCUUCCAGGGCGCCCCGAUGCCGGAACCGCCGCCAAUCCCGGACUACGCGAACCUGACGGCCUCGUCGCCCGGAUACGAGGACCCGGAAGACUCGGAUGCACCAUGGUGGAGCUGGGCCCUUUUGGCUCUCAUCCUGCUCGGCCUCAUCGCGUCCUCCGUCUCGUGUUGUCUGUGCGCCUAUCGAGUACAAAAGGAGAAGCGGAGACAGGCGGCGGCGCACGUGGAAAACAGAAAGAAGAAGACUCUGGGAGGGCCGGAUGGAGUUGACGAGGUACGUGGCCGAAGUUUUGCACAUGCGGGGACUAGCUUUCUGGAAAAUAUGUCGAGUUGGAAAUGAGCAUGAUAUAUAGUACCAAUUGAUAGAAAUUUUUGGCACUUUUCAGGUCCUGAUCACUCCGAACACAAACGAAUACGCACAAUCCUCGGAUAGCGCGGAAGCUCCUCUGAUCCCGGGACCGAACGGAGAGAUGGGAGCGGUCCCGGAUGAUCCGAACGGCGGUCUGAAAACCACAAAUCCGGCCGGCCUUUUCCACAGCCAGGCACCUCAAGGCUUGGACCAGGGGAUGCAGACGGUGGCGCCGGCAGGAGUGUUUCAUGAUCAGAUCAAGGACCAGAAGGGCCUAAAUCCCAAAAAGACCGACGUUCCGAAGGAAAAGGGCCUGAAGACCACCAAUCCAGCGGGACCGUUCAAUGAACAGCCUAGGGACCAGGGAAUGCAGACGGUGGCGCCGGCAGGGGUGUUUCAUGAUCAGAUCAAGGACCAGAAGGGCGCAAAUCCCAAAAAGACCGACGUUCCGAAGGAAAAGGGUCUGAAGACCACCAAUCCAGCGGGACCGUUCCAUGAUCAACCGCAGGAUCAAGGAAUGCAGACCGUCGCGCCGGCUGGCGUUUUCCACGAUCAGAAUAAGAAAAAUAAGGAUAAAGAUAAAGAAAAGGGCAUGAAAACGACGAGCCCAGCGGGACCGGCGGGACCAUCGGACGACAAGAACAAGAAAGAGAAAAAUUACAAGGCCCUGCAGACUGUCAAGCAAGCGGGAACGUUUGAGAAUCCACAGACGCCGGUUGAGCCGAAAGGGACCAAGAAUGAAGGAGACAAGAAGAAGAAGAAGUCAAAGGUUCGGAUACUCUGAUUCUGAAAUGUUUAGUGCUCAAAGUUGAUCAUUUUUCAGGAUACAAAGUCCAAAGAUUCGAAGCCACCGACGAAAAAAGCGGAAAUGAGCAAGGAAAAGGAGAAGCCGAGUCAGGAAAAGAAACAGGAGAAGUCAAAGGUUCGUGUUUGAUCGGAUCGACAAUACUUUAACUUUGAACGGAUAUUGUAGACUUACCAUAUGUCCUUUGGUUCUCUACAUUUUUUGUGUAGAACCUACAUGUCUAGUACUAUAUUUUUUCAGUUGACAACUUUUUUCUAGGACCACUCCGAAAGGUACUGUAGCUCGUGGAAGUACGGUCCCCAAACGCUCGUUCAUUUCGGCGCCCAACUUCCAAGGUCUACAGUACCCCCGGAAGUGGUCCUAGAAAAAAUUGACCAACUACAAAAAUGCAGUAGUAGAUGUCGAGUUUUUGGGAAAAAAAUUUGAGAACGAUAUCGCAACGUAGAACGCUACAAUAUCCGUUCAAAAUUGACAAAUUUUCCAGGAUACAAAGUCCAAAGAUUCAAAGCCGCCGGCGAAGGAAAAGGUUGAGAAAUCGACGAAAAAAGCGGAAAAGGGCAAGGAAAAGUCAAAGGUUUGGUUUUUUUCCUUUACUUUCAGAUCGACAAUGGCUAAAAAUGUCUCAAGUAUCAGUUGUUCAUUUUCCAGGACACAAAGUCGAAAGAUUCAAAGCCGCCGACGAAAAAAGAGGAGAAGAGCAAGAAAAAGUCAAAGGUUUGAUUAUUUGUUUUGAAAACUUUGAAACAUUAUUUUUUCAGGACACAAAGUCGAAAGAUUCAAAGCCGCAGACGAAAAAAGAGGAGAAGAGCAAGGAAAAGUCAAAGGUUCGAUUAUUUGUUUUGAAAACUUUGAAACAUUAUUUUUUUAGGAUGCAAAGUCGAAAGAUUCGAAGCCGCCGCCGACGAAAAAAGAGGAGAAAACGGCACAGGCAAAGACGAAAAACGAGAAGACUGCUCAGGAAAAUACAAAAAAGUAG